AUGGACGUCGCAGAUGAGUCGCCUAUCAUAAAAUAUCCAAGUGGAAAAUAUAUUGGCUCUGGUCAAAGGAAAGUGGUCGUUAUUCUGUACAACGCUUUAGUUAAAAGAGAGCUUGAAAAUCCAGACAGCCCCCAAUUGACCUUCAGACAAACGAUCGUCGACAUUUCAAAAUCAACGGGUCUCGGACAACGUACAGUACAAAUAACGUUGUCGGAGUAUAAAAAUCAAGGUACAGUUUUGUCACCUAACAAGAAGAGAAAAACACCUGCAGUAGUUGAUGAAAAUGCAAUUCGGCAAUUAAUACACAAUUUUUGGAGGAGACGUGAAGUGCCAACAAUUACGAAAAUUCUAACAGCCGUUAAUGAGGAUGAAACAUUGCCGAAUUUUAAACGUUCGUCAUUCCAGAAGGUAUUAAAAGAUUUGCAAUUUGAAUACUUAAAAAAAAAUCGUAACAGCGCACUUCUCGAAAGGGAAGAUUUGAUAAACUGGCGCCGUGAUUAUUUACGAAAAAUAAGGCAUUACAGAUCGCAAAAUCGACCAAUAUAUUAUUUGGAUGAGACGUGGGUCAACACAGGUGAAACACACAGCAGAACGUGGAUGGAUACGACGGUAAAAUCAUCACGUGAUGCAUUUCUUAAAGGCCUAACCACAUGA